AUGGGUAACGUCAUUCCAGUGAACACUCUCUUCUUAGGUAUUGAUGGUGCUGGUAAAACCACCAUCAUCAAUGUUGGUCUCAACAAAUUCAAAGCUCUCAAGCAAGAGCAACGCGAUAGCAUCACUCCUACCAUGGGUCACGAUUCUAAGAGAUUUGUCGUAGAAGGAGUUGAAUUUAUUUCAUGGGAUUUCCCUGGUAAGGAACAACUCCGUUCCACGUGGAAUUCCUACUAUAAACACGCUCAAGUGAUUGUCUUUGUUGUGGAUAGUGCCGACUCGGAUGAACGUUUAGAAGAAGUGAAGGAAAUCCUUCAGGGAAUUAUUCAAAACGUACAACUUCGUGAAUCAUUGCUCCUCGUUUUGGCCAAUAAGCAAGAUUUGAAUCCUCCUCGAAAAUUAGAUCAAUUGAAAGAGUUCUUGGGUCUGAGUGGUAAUUUGAGUGGAUUGCGUGAUCGUACAUGGAAGAUGCUCGGAUGCUCUGCUCUGACUGGAGAUGGAGUUGAAGAGGCUUUUGAAUGGCUUGCAGGAGAAUGUAAACGUAUUGCUAAAGAACGAGAGAAGAAGGCUAAGGAGGAAAAGAAGUAA